AUGCCUGAACCACACGUGCAUGCAUGGCACCAGGCCCCUGAGAUCGCGUCUCUCGCGCCGGACUCGUACACUGCCCAGCGCCUGCAACAUGGCACGGCCGAGCAUCUGCACCUCACGUCGCGGCGCUUCUUCAUCGGGCCCAUCCCAGAGGGCUGGCUGAAGACACACCGCCGCGACUGGUACAAGCACCACCUGCACAUCAACUACUCGACCCGCACCGCCACCUUCUCGUCCGCCGACCGCCGCGGCUCGCGCGACCGCCGCCUGACGGGCCUCGACGGGCCCAGCGCGUCGGCCCUGUUCCCGAGCAGCUUCCCCCAGCCCGACGACGUCGACGCAGAGAACGGCGGGCCUGCGCUCGUCGGAGAGGCGAACGCGCCGCCCGCACCCAGGGGCCAGCCGCUGCCCGCCCUCGAGGUACCCCGUGCAUCUUCGCAAAAGGACGCUGUGCAGUCGCCCGAAGAGGAGGAAUUCGUCGAUGCUGUUUCGGAACCAGACGAGGAUUUGCGCGUUUACACCUACCAGGAGCAGCCAGAGGACGAGCCCGGCCCACCCACAACGCGGCGCCAGAGCACAAAGUCUUUCGUGACUGCCUCGUCCCGGCCCCUUUCGCCUUCGGACCAUGGAGAGAACCAGGACAACGAGGCCAUCCCCCUCCCACACGAACCGCAGGCACAGGCAAGUGGCCCACAAGCUCCUACUGCGACGGGAAGCAAGAGCGAAGGCAAAAGGCCGUUGUCUACCGGGCUCGAACCCAACACUGAAGAGCCCUCGGUAGAUGCUGUGUCCACAACAUCGUUGCUGCGCAAGGCUGACGGUCAAAAGGAGUCAUCCCCUGUCACUCAGCCCAUAUCACCCGCCACGGGCAUCCUCGCAAAGGCAAAGAGAAAGUCGCACAUGGGUUCGUCCGAGUCGACUGGCUCACCCCUUGAGCGCGCCGGUGAAACGCUCUCCCGCAAAAAGUCCAACCUGCGCAAUCUCGUCAAGUUUGAUAUCCCCGAAGACUCGAAGCGCGCGUCGAUCCACCUGAGAGCAAAACAAGCCCAGAUGACGGUCCAGCGAGCGUCGACGAAGCUGAGGAGGCGCAAGAUCAAGGACGGCCUCGUCGUCAAGAUGGAGCGCAUGCUGGUACGCGUCGACUCGGCCGGAAAAGAGGUCCCCGAUGACUUUGAUGAAAAUGCAAGCCAGAAGAUCGACUCCAGGGUCAAGGACAAGUGGCGCGAGUACAUGGUCGUAUGUCGGCAUAGCGAGUCCGAGGGCGCUGAUUUUGUACUGCAAAUGUACAAGACCAGGGUCAUUCCCGAGAUCGAAGAGCCAAACGCCAGCAAAAACGCCGCCUACGAGAUACCCCUAGGCCGCAAGAUUACCAAGGUCAAUCUCUACUCCUCGCUCGACAAGUCUGUCGUUGUAUGGAUGCCCGUCUCACGUGGCACGAGGAUCUUCAUCAUGCAAGCUCGGACUGCCUCCAAUGCUGUCGAAUGGUACACGUUCCUACGUAAUGUCAUGGGCUGGCGCCGCUCUUCAGAGCUCCAGAUCAACAUUCCGGACAUGAGUGUCAGCUUGCGUAUUUCCGAUCCCUUCAGAAAGCUCGAGGAAACCCAGAUUAAGGCUCAGGAGGCCAACGAUUCUGACAAUGAAGAAGCCAUCUUAAAGACGAUGCAGGAAGAGCAAGCUGUCGCACAAUCGCUGAUCCUCAAGUGUCUUGAUCAGCUCGAGGAUUCGCCGGAAUGGGCCGACAUCCUCGAUUCCUGGGCUAGGAACCAGCGGAUAGGACUUGCAUGGAAGCGCUACGACCGUCUCGAGUGGAUACACGGAGCGAACGAGCGCAAGAUGUACGGCACAAUAGCCAUGGCCAAAUCGCACGAACUGGAGCUUCGGCCUAAGACACAUUAUCCCACCACGGCGAUAACCCGCAAGAAGCAUAAAACGCUGACCGAGCCUGUCCCGGUAGAAGGCUUCCUCAUCCGGCUCACCAGCCAGCGCGGACGAGCAAGGCGUUUGGGUCUCAUGUACCACAAGCAGCUGUACUUUGCCACUCACGACCAAUUUCUGGUCUUCUCGCGCCCGACCAACAGCACGCCGCCUCCCCCGCCAAAGAUGCCGCCCACCGAGGGAUCAGCUGUUCCGUCAGCUCGUACCAUUAGAGAAAGCACCCCCGACACAUGGGCUAUCAAUCCGUAUCCCGUCCUAGACGACCGCGUUGAAUGGCUAUCAGAAGGCCACUCAGGAACCCCAGAGUCCCGGAGACUUCACGACGAGGAUGCCGCAGACGAAGCGCAGCGCAAAUUGCAGAAUUUGCUCAAUUGCGACGGGUACAUAAACCUGGCCAAUGUCGCCAAAGUACGCAAAGCACGGCUUGGAGCAACACCAGUCGAUGAGGACAUUGACACCGGGUCGGACGUCGAUUUUGAUGAAGACGUGGAGGAUGACGCUACACGGGAUGACGGAGUCACAAAAGAGGUGGACAUUGCUCGAACAUUCGAGCUUAUAAUGCGAAAUGGCUUGAUCAUCCGCUUGCAGGCCGCUGACAUAGCCCGCCGUAAGGAAUGGGUCAAGCACCUCCGCGCACUCGCCAAAUACUGGAAAUUUCGCACCGCGGCCGACAUCGCGCUGUACAAAUCCACACGCAGCCGCAACCUCAGCGCGCUCAACAUCGACGAAGAAGCCGAGGCGUACAUCGGGCAGUUCGCGAAGAAGUGGGAGGUCACGCAGUCGUUCGCGUCGCCGCUUCUCUACAACAUGUGUGGCAUCGCAGAAUGCCGCGCCAUCCACAUGAGCGGCAUGCUCUAUCGCAAGCCGCGCAUCCAUGCACCCUUCACGCGCUGCAGCGUGCUGCUCGCCGGGGGCACCCUGCUCAUCUUCCAGGACGUGCUGCGCAGCGGGACGGGUAAGCAGCUCGCACACAUUCACCACGAACGCAUGGCCAACCUCGAUCUGCGCGACUGCUACGUCUACAGCGGCCUGCUCACCGAAUCCGACCUCCUCUACCAGAACCAGACCUUCGACGCCAACAAGCCCGGGCACCACGCACUGCCCCGCAUAUAUCUCGAGGAUGGGUGGACUUCCACAGACGAGGACGUCAUGACGACGUUUGUGGUGUGGCACGGCAAGAGCAAGAGCUGGUUUCGGGCAGAGGAGGGUGCAGGCGAGGGCGAGCAGGAGCGCAAGAAGGGGCGCAGGACGCGGCUGAAGCGCGUAGCGAAGCUAGGGAGUAAAGGAAGAAGUUUGGUGUUCCGCGCGAGGAGUCGCGCCGAGAGGGAUCAUUGGGUGUUGGCGAUUCAGAAUGAGAUUGAGAAGGUACAGGGGAACCGGAACGAGGACUUUAGGAUUCAGGAAAGUGUGGGCAAGGGGAAGAAAGUUGCGCAGGGAAGUGAGAGUAAUGGGAUGGUGGAGGCUGGGUAG